AUGGCAACUGUAGAGUCUCUCUUGCUUGGAUCUGGAACAAGUCACCCUCCAUCCUCUGCCUUCAACCCAAAGGCAAAGGCAGCUGCUGCCUUCCCUGAAACUGCUCCUGGCUUAAACCCAAGGGCAAUCAUGUCUUUUGCACAAGAUCUGGAACAAGUCACCCUCUUCAUCCUCAUCAUUGAAGUUGAAUUGAUGAAAUAUUGUGAGGGUUUCAAGUAUGCUGCCAAAUCAAGGGCAAAGAUUCAGAAGAAAGAGGGGAUUCCAUGGCAUCAACAGAUUUUGAUCAUUGAUGGAAAGAUCCUCGAGGAUGAGGUGGUGGUGAGCCCUCCUUUUGUGUUUCUUACCUCUGUUAAAAGUGAAUUGAGGCCUGAAAUCCAAGUUGCAGCUCAAAAUUGUUGGGUUAAGAAGGGUGGUGCAUUCACCGGUGAGGUUAGUGCUGAGAUGCUUGCCAAUUUGGGUGUCCCUUGGGUCAUCCUAGGUCACUCUGAAAGGAGAGCCCUAUUGAAUGAAACUAAUGAGUUUGUUGGAGACAAGGUUGCAUACGCACUAUCUCAAGGUUUGAAGGUUAUUGCUUGUGUUGGGGAGACUCUUGAGCAACGAGAAGCUGGAACCACCAUGGAAGUUGUUGCUGCACAAACCAAAGCAAUUGCUGGUAAUUAUUUUAAAACUAAACUUGCUUCUACUGUAUGUCAAAAAUCAAAAAUCUUGUUUUAUCUUUGAUAUAAUAAGUAACUUGCACACAAAAGUUAUGAUUUUGGU